UAGGCGAUUUCGUGUCAUUCAGUUCUGUGCCAGCUUUCGGUAAGAUAUGUCGUGGGUACCACCAGAUCUUUCGGAGGCAUGUCAGGUGCACAACACUCUGACUACGUGCCAAUCUUCGACUUUCCUCUUCUUGCAGUUGGUGGCAAGUUUGUUCGGUCGUUCUAGGGAUGCCAAUGGAAAUGCUUUCGAUCGGGAUUUUACCGAGUUCGUCUUCGACAACGCGUACGGUAAUUUUUUUAACGAGAAGAGGACCAGUGGUGCUCCUAAGCAGGAGGAAAUUUAUGAUUUCAUAGUGAUAGGGGCUGGUAGUGCAGGGUGCGUUGUAGCCAAUAGAUUAUCGGAGGUUUCUCAUUGGAAGGUUCUACUUCUGGAGGCAGGAGACGAAGAACCGGAUGUCACGUCUGUGCCUGCUUUUGCACCGAUGCUUCAGCGAUCCAGCAUCGAUUGGGGCUACAUGACUCAACCUCAAACCCACAGCUGUUUAGCUCGCAGAAACCGUCAAUGUGCCUGGCCUAGAGGAAAGGUCAUGGGUGGUUCUUCGGCCAUAAAUUACAUGAUAUACAUACGAGGAAAUCCGAGUGAUUACGAUGAAUGGGCAUCCCUUGGAAACCACGGUUGGUCAUACGAAGAAGUACUACCAUAUUUCAAGAAAUCGGAGAACAACCACGAUGCAGAAGCUAACGACAAGUACUAUCACGGUACCGGUGGAUACCUCACGAUAGAAAGAUUUCCGUAUCAAGACGAAAACGUUAAAAUCGGAUUCGAAGCUUACAAAGAACUUGGUCUGGAGGUGCUAGACCAAAACAGUGAUCGGCAAAUCGGUGUUAUGUUACUUCAGCACACGGUUAAACACGGUGAACGACAAAGUACCAACGUCGCAUUCAUAAGACCAAUACGAAGGAAGAGAAAUAACUUGAGGAUAGAAACCAAGGCACACGUUAUCAGAGUUUUGAUCGAUCCAAAAACCAAAGUGGCUUAUGGUGCCGAGUACCUCAAGAACAAUCAAAUAGUGCGUGUAAUCGCGAAGAAAGAGGUUAUUGUGUCAGCGGGAACCCUAAAUUCGCCGAAGAUACUUAUGCUGAGCGGUAUAGGACCAGCUGAGCAUCUGGAAGAGAUGGGUAUUGAAGUGUUGAAAGAUCUUAGUGUGGGGCAGAAUCUUCAAGAUCAUCCAACCCCUGAUGGGGUUAUUUUCGCUUUGACCAACAAGACAGCUACGACAGUAACGGACGAGGAAAGGGAAGAGGAUGUUUACAGGUUCCGAAAACAGCACGAUGGUCCCUUAUCUGCAACUGGAACAGUCCAACUGAACGCUUUCAUCCAAACCAAAUACGAGCAGUCUCAUGACAGACCUGAUAUCCAACUGACUUUGGACGUAGUCAACGUGGAAAAUUUCAUAAAAGAUCCCAUUUUAGCUUAUGAAACUAACGUACUACCUUUAGCGUACUACGACGGCUUGAUUCUCAGACCAAUUUUACUAAACCCAGAAAGUCGAGGUUAUAUAAAGCUUAAUCAAUCGGAUCCUAUCCACGGUGCUCCCUUAUUCUACCCAAACACGUUCUAUGCAAGAAUAGUCCUUCAGAGGAUCGUUGAAGGAAUCAACCAAGGUUUGAAUUUAUUACGGACACAUGCUUUCACUAAAGUAGGAGCUAGACUGGUGUCAAAUCCUCUCCCUGGUUGCGAGAAGUAUCAGUUCGGUACAGACGAAUACUGGGAAUGCAUUAUCACUCUAUACACCAACACCAUUUACCAUCAGGUGGGUACUUGCAAGAUGGGGCCAAAAAAUGAUGACACUGCUGUGGUAGAUCCUGAGCUUCGAGUAUAUGGCAUCAAAAAUUUAAGGGUGAUAGAUGCAUCCAUAAUGCCUCUUAUAGUUAGAGGAAAUACCAAUGCUCCAACCAUAAUGAUAGCUGAGAAGGGAAGCGACAUGAUUAAACAAACGUGGAUACAAACUUCGCAUAUAAAUAAUGUAGGGAACCAGAAGAAAUCAGAAGAUUUGAAUCAAUUCUUUAGUGACAUACAUUUUGACAUCAAUUUCAGGCGGAAAUGAGGAACUUCUGAAUGAACGAGAACUACUAUCGUAGAACUGUGCUCCGAAAGUUCCUGAAGAGUUUCAUAACUAUUAUCUCAGAAUACAGUUUGAUGAAACCUCU